UAAUAAUUGUAAAAUAGAAUAUAUUAAUUUUGAUUUUACUCCUGUAUUGGAUACUAUUUUUUUUCUGUGGAAAAUUCUGUGGAAAAAUGUGGUGUCGGGAAAUCGCAAAUAAUGAUCACAAGUUUCGAAGGAGAUUUCGAAUAUCAUCCGGUGCGUUCGACAAGUUCGUUAACCUUGUUGUAAAUUGGAGAAGCCGAUACGUUCACCGAGAAUGCUAAGUGCCGGCAUUGCGUUAAUAUAAACAGCGCUUACAAACGAGGACGAUGUAUCACGUGUCCCCUAUAUCCCUGCUAAUCUACGUAUCUGUGAGAGAUACCGCUGAUCAAAAAGAAAUAAUAUUGCGCCCGUGUCCAUUCGUACGACUCGAAUGUCUGCUUAUAAAGCGGAGCUGAAGGCAUCGCGCGCAAUUGGUAUCGCUCGCUUAUAAUUAAAUCGCCGUUACCGCUUAACGAGAUUUCGAAAACGCCAUAGAGCUUGAGAGGCGGACGCGCGUUGGGUUUCUGCGGAUGACGCAUGGAAACCGCCGGAAUUGCCUUCGAGGAGGCGCGGUGGGAGAGGACGACGGAAUCUCGAUCGUUAAUUUAAUAAUUUCCGCGAUGCGAUAAAGGUCGACGGCGGCAAUGAAAUGGUAAUUUAACCAGAUACGCGCGUACACGGCCGUCCGCGUAUAUACUUGUGUGCGUAGGUAACAUGGUGCUGGAUACUCGGCUUAGAGACUUGCGGGUAAUAGAGACAGAUACCCGCGAGUUUCUCAUAGCGGACAUUAUAUUUUCCCUCGCUGGACGCCGCGGAGCAUCGGCUCUCUAACAACACCUCGUAAUUUCGCUUGCCCGUCGCAGCGCCGGGCGUUCACACGCUCACGCGUGUCGGUUUCUGCGAGUACGAUUGGCGGCGUGAGUAAUUUCCAUUGCUGUUAAGUCAGUAAUAUAUCACUCGCAAAAGUUUUAUGGUGCCUACCGUGAUGACAGAUUACCGAUUGUACUGCCGCGUUUACUUUCACAGGAAACAGUAUUAUAUUACUUUCGUCUACUUGACCGAGAAGCGACUUCCGUGAUUGAUAGAUGAAUAUAAUUUAUGUAAUUCUCUCUUUCUCUCUCUCUCUUAAUUUUUUAUCGGAAGGACGUGAUUCUUAUACUUAUUCUUUCGAGAUAAUAAUACAUAUUUGCAAUACUAAUUGUAAUUUUGAGAUUCAGAUUUAACUUAUUUCGUUUGAAUUUAAACCUUUUACUUGAAAUUAUAAACAUGAAAAAAUUUAUGACCAAGGUACACUUAAAAUCUUGAAGCACCAUAAAUUAAUGUAUGUAUAAUGUUUUAACAUUUUUCAAUUGCGUAAUAUGAAGGAGAAGUUAUUACGGCAUUAUGUGGAAUUCUAAGAAAAACAUGUGUCUGAGAUAAAGCUACAGCAGCUUGAAGUGAAUAGGUAGACUCAAGUCGAACCGACGUUACGGUUUUGUCCGUUUGGUUCUAGGUAUGUAUUCAGAACGCGUUGUUAGUGUUAAUAGUAUGCGCUCCCGUAUUCGAUCCUUCCUCAGAGCCAAUUAUCAUCCUUCGAGCCCGAGGAAACGAUAAAAAGGCGCUGUUAGUAUCAACCCCAUCACAUCUGCGUACGAUCCGGCAUAUUCCACAUACUUAGGCUGCAGUUCGCAGGAAUAGCCGCUUAAAACAUGACGUAUAAAAGCAAAAACUAUGAUAUUGCAUACGCACGCGAUUCCGCAAAAUUAUUAAAUUUAAUAACGGCAAAAGGUACGACCGUGUUCGAGCGGCGCGGCGAGUCGUGUGAGCGAAAGGAGAGCACGGAAUUUUACAAUUAUUACGUCUCGGAGAUCUCGAGAUCAUAAUGUCAUCGAAUCAAUCCUGGAUCCUGAACUCUUCCGGGCCGAAGUGUUCGCGGUGCGCGCGCGGAGAGCGUACGAAACCAUGGACCAUCGAUCUCGCGGUCGGAGUUCGCGCGCGGUCGCUGUAAUGGCGCCUCGUCCAAUUUUUUUUUUUCCCCCCGGGGAAAGAAAAUCUCGGGAUGCGCCGACGGGACGAGACGCGGUCGAUUAUAUCACUACCGUGAUUAUAUUGUGCGUAACGCCAUGGCCUUGUGUGUCCGCGUAAUUAGCCGGUCUUGCCGCGCGAUCGGCGCUAAUGAAGGAUAUACACACGCACGUGUGCGUACACACAAGGCCGCCGCUAAGCAUCCAAGGAUGACUAAUCUCCGCUUGUGCCUCGUUGACCGAUCGUUAUGGCCCGGGUAACGACACACGGCCGUGCCUCCCCCUCCUUGUUCCCUUAACGAAGAAGAAAACGACGAGCAGAAGGCGAUCUAUCGGGAGGAGGGAAAGGAAACGGGGAUGGGGGAAGGGAAGGGGGAGGGGAAAUAUGCCGAACGAAGACGCAUCUUCUCGCACACCCCUGGGAACCGCUUAACCCCGCGCGAUCGCUGUGAUAGAACUAAUCGCGUCCGCAUGCCGGUAGAAUCGAUGAAGGCAACGACGAUGAUCGACGAUCGAUCGUCAGCCCUUAAUCACCGUCGGUGAAUCACAAGUGACGCCGGUCGCUGCGCGAAAUCCGUCUGGAGACCGUCCUUUCACUUCCCCGACGGUAAAUUCGACUCAGGGGCGAAGGAGAGGGGUCAACGAGCGAGAUAAAUCUACCGGGGAGGACACAUUGAUAAUCAUUUCCAACCGGUUACCUGCGCGCGUGGAACGUCGCGGGCAACAGUCGACACGUUACAGCGAGUUUCACUCCUACCAUCGUCAUAAAACGUCGAUUGCGAUAACGAAUUACGUGUGCACGUUCCCUCCCGCUCCCCUUCCCCCGAUAUCGAGACGAUAAAAGGGUGCCCGGCAAGACACCACCGAUCGAAUUUCGUAAUGCCGUCGUAAGCAUCCAGCAGCAGCAGCAGCAGCAGCAAUGUACCAUACCAUUGAUACACGAUACUGGAUUCCCAUUCACAUUCUCCGGCGGAUCACAAUUGUCGAUUAUUCCUCGUCGUUUGGCGGAUCUAAUAAAAAUGAGUCCCGUUAUCACGACAUUUGGAUGCUGCAAAUCGUGCCCGACGAAGAGCCACGCGGAUUUCUCAUGGGAGGCGCAAUUAUCGUUACCGAUAAGGAGAGCAAGCUGCCGCACAUUACGUUUCGAUGUUGCGCUUAUCAGAAGGGGGAUGGGGAGACGAAAGGGGGGGGAGAGGGGGAAGAGGAUUCAGCCGUUGAUACUCGAGGGUGAGAAAUGGCCGUCGGGAAGUUCAAGGAUUUCAUUAAAGCAGAAGCAUCAGCGUAUCAACUCUUGGGCACCGUGGGUGCCUGGAAAACGGGGGAGAUGAAAGUAAUACCGUAUAAUAUCAUGGCAAUCGCGGCGCCGCGCGCUGGAAGGUAGCGGUGCGCCGAGGUGGAUAGCUCUCAGGGAUCACCUUGACCAAGACGGAAGAAAGGCAGCGGCGCGCUGGCUGAAUGAGACCCGUAGCUGGAAUUGUUAUAAAUCAUUGCGGACAGUGGCCGCUAGCUACCGCGUAGCCCGUACGUUACCGACGCACGCAUAUGGGAAAAUAAUUUAUUAUUAUGAGCGAUGAUGAGGGAGUAGGAGAGGGAGGAGGAGGAGGAGGAGGAGGGGAGAGAAAGAGAAGGCUCUCGCAACACGCUGCGCUGCCACCCGCGAGUGCUGUAACGCGUUUUGCAGAAAUACGAUUUCGCGGAUGGAUUAUUUCUGCGGGUCCAACGACCUUGCCUCGAAGGGUAAAUGGGUAACGUUCGUAGAAGUGUGAGGUAACGGUGAAGCCGUUUUACGACGACGUUAAUAAUCUACGUGCGCUUAAGUGGUAAAUAUUAGCUUACUUUAGAGUGGAUAAUCAGGAUGCAGAUUUGAUAUGCGAUUGCCUCAAAGCUAUCCGGAUGUGGGAGUGUGUAUGAAUUCAGACGUUAUGCGCUGUAUAACCAGUUGUGCCUGACGUGCGCCCGAUUAGUAAAACCAAACGUAGAAAUUAUUAUUAAAAUGCUUAAAGUAGCGGUAUGUUAUGCGAGCUGUACAGUAUUUCACGCGCUAUCUGAUUAGUGUCACGAGAUAUACUGAUAUAUCUUAACGGUAUUCUUUCUCUUAAAUAUUGAGCACCGUUCGAUCACUUUUAAUGUGAUAUGUGUCAUAUUGUAAGGUAUCACCACAAAUGUUUCAAAUUUUACAGAUUAUUCUGUUAUUAUGCUUGAACAUUUGUCUAAAAUUUGAGCAUAAUCCUCUUAUUAGUUUAAGAGUUAUUUACAGAGUUAUUUAAUUUUUCGUUUACUCUCGAGUCUUACAUGAAACCGUAUUUUGUAGUAUUAUUGUACUUUGUAAAUUUGAUGAGAAAGUAGAGGAAAUAUAUAUAAUUUAAGUGUCAGAAACUAACAAGGAAAAUAUAUACCAAAAAGUAGAUUUGAUCAAGAUGUUUUGCUCAACAUACCUAAAUUUAAGCUCGUGAAAGCCUGCAAGAUGUAAAGAAAAAUUCACAUACACAAUUUCGACGCGCAAACAAAUAAUAGUGCCGAUUUUAUUUCCGCGCGACGUCUCUCAAACGCGAAAUUUUACGGAGCUGCUUAAAUCGGGAAAGUCUGCUCUCGACGAUUUGCUCCCUCGCAACACAUUGGCGAGAUGCGCGAGGUACGGAACCCGGCAAGCUUGUUUGGCUGAAGAGUGGAGUAGAGAGUGUGUACCGGCAGGGAGAAAAUUCCACUUGUAUUUAUUUCGAACGAAAAUUGUCAAUACAACUGAAAGGAUAUAGCAGAAAAUAAUACAAGAGAAAAGGUAUUAAUAAAUAACAGAUUUAAUAAAAAUUCGCGAAACUCCUCGAGAUAGUUUGUCUUCGUACGUAUUUCGUAGAAUUUGAGAAAUAGACAAGUCUAUGUUGAUAAAAUGCACAAAUGCUGUAUCAUGUUAAUAUUAAAAUAAGUAAAAUACUUUUACUGAGAGAAUUUCCUACAAGCCCAACCAAACAAGCCGAAAAUGUUAUUAUUAAGAAGUUUGUUAUAUGUUACACAUAUAUAGAUAUAAAAACAAAAUUUUUGAUUAAUUUUUUAGAUUCACUUAAGAGAAAAAAACCUGUGGACUUAAUUUUUUUAUAAGAAACUUUUCAAUCGUAAUGUAAGGACUGUAUGUAUCGUUGUCUUAUAUUAAACGUUAUUAGAGUUUUAAAUAUUAUUACAAUUUUAUAUUAUUACAAUUUUUAACAAAGAUUAGCAGAAUUAUAUGUAUUAAAAUCAUUUCUUGCUUAUAUUGUAGCAAGCAUUAGUAAUGAGAAUAGACAUUAUAUUGCUGUAUUGUUAAACCAUAUUUAGUAAAUGCGAGAGGCAGCUAGAAUAUACCUUGCAUCAUAUGAUAUCCAUUACGUAAACAAAUUGAACGUAUCGGCUAAUGCAUUGUACAGGAAGUAAUGGGGUUAAUAUAGGACUAACUAUAGCAUAUACAGCUGUCCCAAAUACAAAUUAUUGUUUCAUUCACUGUGAUAUUUGUAAGCAGUAAAGUAUUACGAACAUAUCAAGGAUAUUGUCUAUCAAGAUAAAUUUUUAAAUUGUUUUAAUUAAAAAUAAUUAUUAUAUAUCAGAAAGAUAAUGAUCAAUUAUUAAUUUUUCUAAAAAAAACGAGGGGAAAUCAAUAGACUCGUUUAACAGAUUGAGAAAAUUGAGAACGAAAUAUUUUCUCCGUUAAUUGAAUAUAAAUUAUGCCAAUUUUUAAACUCAUUAGUUUAACUCGUUUCUCUCAUUUCGCGAAUGAUAUAAAGUUCGAUAACGACGUGCGCAUAUUGCAUCAUCAAAUUGAUAUUUCACAUCGCUACGUGGAUAUAAUGAUCGGUACAGUAAUCCGUUUAAUCUUUCGAAUGCGGAACUGCAAUACGGACCUCGACUACGAGAGUUUGAAACUAGGUGGUGCGCGGUUAAAGCGUUAAUUAUCGACGAAGUGUCGACAGUGAUUUCCGAUAAACCUUGCCUUCUUUAAACGUUACGCAGCAUUCACCGAUAACGAUCGAGAAAGAGAGAGAGAGAAAGAGAGGGAGAGAGAGAGAGAGGGGGGGGGAGGAGAGCUAACGUUUUCCUGCCACUGCAACCGUUACCGUUUAUCCUGAAGGUACGAGUCAUAGAAAAGCUUUCGAAAGAGAUUUUCGACGAGAGUCAUGAAGCGUCAUAGGCGUUAAGGGAUCGAUUCCCUUAGAAGACUCAGUCAACCGCCGGUUAACUAAGGUACGGGCGGAGCAAACGAAACGGCUUGGUAAAUCGAGCGUAGUUCUAAACUUAUGUUCUGCACGAUCGAGAAAGUAGUCGUCGUUGCGGUCGUCGUCGUUAAGAUUUACGCCCGACGAUCCAACAGCUUUCGUCGCGGUUAUCGAUCGUAACACGGGGUGAGUUAAUUACUACCGGCGCCGCCCCAUCCCGCUCCGCGAUACGAAUCCGUUCCGUCCACAAACAUCGUUAAUUAACAUUUCCAUUGCGCGAGGAGAGUAACGUGGAGUUGCCAGGGACACAAUAACCGUUUUCGAUAGGCAUACCGGACGCGCAGGAAAUAUUACGUUACGUCACGCCGACUAAAAACUUGCGAGGCACAGCGGAUCGUACCGGGGAUCGUGUCAAACUACAUUUCUCGGCGAUUUAUCUUCAAUCAACGUUUUCCUCGUCGCCGCAAACCGCCGGGUGUAGGAAACCCGGCGCAACCGCCGCGUGUACAACUGCGAAGGCGAUGAGCGUACGGAAAGCAACGGUAAUGACAAUCAGAGAGCGGUAGUUUCUAUUAUGCGUGCGUAACCGCCGAUUCACCGGUAAGCUCGCAGGUGUCCCACGACCUUGCGCGAACGCGUCUGUCUAGCGGCGGCACAUUUCCACCUCCUCGUCCCCGUUCCGCAAGACGUACGUACUACUAUAUUUUAAUAGCGGCAAAAGAGAUACUGCUUCUCCUCGACGCGCGCGCUUGGCGCCACGCUGGAUGGAGACGAGUGCAAGCGUAUCAGAUCCAUUUUGUUCCCCGAUCGCGGCUUCUGUUCCCCCGUGGGAUUCGACAAACUCAUGAAAUAGAAAAUUCAAUGAUACCAUUUCCGCGAUACUCCCGCGAACACAGCUUCUGUAACGGAUAAGCCCGUCAUUUGAAUGAAGGAUUCGAUAACGCGGGGAACCAUUCGGAGAAGGAAGCAUGUGCUAACACAAAUGUACACAUUGUGCGUGUAGAACCUUUAGAUACGCUCGCGCCCAGAGAAUGGCUACGUAUACGAUUCGAAUACUGGAUUGAAACUAAUGUUACCAAGCCAGAGCCAACCCUCAUCUCCCGAGAGAAAAAGGAUAGAAGUUGAAAUGGAGAAAGAGGGAAAAAUGGGAAAGAGAGCUAUGAAGAGCUCUACCACCCCCGGCGCGUUAGCCUAUAUGCAAAUAAACUGCUUCACGCAACGGGCGAGGGCGAUAUACCGACUCGAGCUCGCGGAUCGUAGUGCCGCUCCCAGCUCCUCGUGACAAGAUCUUUUAUCGCGAUUGAACGCACGAGUCGCAACACGCCACCUUCCCUGCGCCGUUGCGAUAAGAGCUACCGAGAGAGAACAGAACCAGAAAAGGCACGGCACGUCGUGGAAACCAUGCGCAACACGACGAUAGAGGCCUAAGGGCGACAUGGAUCGUAGGGAAAGAGAGGGGGGGGGAGGAGGAAAGGAGAACGCGAGGAGGAGAGAGGUACGAACCACGUUGGGCCAUCAUCAAUCUCUCGGCGACACUUGGUUGAGAUCCUCGCGCGCAUUCGAGCGAGAGUGAACGAGACGCGGAAUAGAACGAGAUAUUCGCAUAAUGCGAACCAAAGUUUAAUUACCUCGCGUUACCGAGCGGUGUCGUAGGGCUCGUCCGUUUCUCCGAAAUCGCCCUCUGUCUCUCUCUCUGCCUUACCUCGUCGACGGAUUCAUCAGCGGCCACGACAACGGCGGCCAUCCUAGCUGGACCGGAGACGUGCGGAGAUAAACGGGAAGAUAACCACGGGAGAAAAGAAAGAAGGGAGGGAGAGAGAGAGAGAGGAGAUAGAGACGUGUCGUCCUUAAGUCGCUCGUCCACCAAGUUCCAUAGCCGUGGGGUCUUCCUCGCGAUUUGCUUUUCUCUCGUUUCAUCUUUCCACUGCCUCCCGAGCAUUCGUGCUUGUAGCUAUACGCGAACAGCACGCCGUGGCAGCUCUCUCACCCGUUUCACCGCUCUUCGCCGUCUCCUCCUCCUCCUCCUCCUCCUCCUCCUCCUCCUCUCUAGCUCGUCCGCUUUCUCGUGUUCUAUCUAAUUCUCUCUCUCCGUCCAGCUCCGUUCCAUUCUAUUCGCGCGCCUCCGUCUCGCUUCUGCCGACGGUGUUGGUGUGCGCGGUUGGUGUUACGGAUGGUAGUGGGUAUCCACUUAGAGCGAGCGAGCGAGCGAGCGCAGCCACGCAUAAACCAGUUUCCUGGUUAUCCGACUCCUCGCAUUUUCCUGGUCGACGCAUAGCGCGUCGAACCCGCACGGAACGUACCAUUAACGGAGGCUUCCCCGGCUCGAUUCCGCGGGUACUCGCGCAGCGCUGCCGUUGCGAUCGACGAUCAACCGACGGGGCCGCGGCCGGUUGCAAACCGCCGUUGAUGCCAACCAGCAUGCCUAAAGGCCUGCCGUAUCGCUUUUAAAGCGACGUCUCCACGAUCGGCGCGCUCUCUUUCUCUCUUUCCCUUUCGUUCUCCUUCUCUGUCAGAGAGCCCGCACGAGAUGUCCCGACGUCGGGCAUCGAAUAAUUACGUAACGAGCUCCGUCCCCUUGCGUCCCUCCCCGCGCGACGAUCGCCUCACGAAGAGAGACGUUAUCCGGUUGGACGCGCCCAGACGAGCAGCCAACGAAGGAAACGAGAUUCGGGGAUUCCCGGUGAAUUUUCGAGCGAAAUCGUUAAUCGACACCGCCACCCGUUGAGCCGUCGCGGGCGAGAGCAUCCCAAUCGGAGAGAUGUUAUCGAACGAUAGGCGAGAGCAUUUACGGACGCAUUCCAGUAAUUUAAUCCAGCCGAAGUGCUGGGUACACAGAAACGAGAAAUCGGGGAAUCGAGACGACUCCGGGAGAGAGACAGAGAGAGAGAGAGACAAGUGGAGUAUGGAAAUUUCAGCGCGCUUUAAUGGAACGUUUUAUUUCACAUGAGGAUUCGCGGCGCGGCGUGUCGCGUCGUCCACGUGAAACUUAACACUCGCCGCGCGAUAAAGUGGUACGAAUUAAAUCACUCGGUGACUUUCUUAACGAUGCGGGCACCGGUCCAUAAAUCUCGACGAGAUCGUACGUACCGGUGGAAUCCACGACGACGUGGCGCAUACGCUCACGAAUGCCGCGCACUCCUGUAACCUUCUGCAUAACUUUACGAAUCCGCUUGACCGAGAACGGGUAUCGAGAACGGCCUUACGCCGUUAUGUGAUAAGUCCGUGUGUCCGUUAAUGUUGGCGCGAGUCACUCGCGCGGUCGUGAGUCACCGGCGUCCGUAACCUCGUAGCACAUUUGGCAGCCGGCACCCGGGGAAACAUAUUCUAUAAUUGACCGAUCGGCUAAGUUCUCACGACAGGGGAAAGGGACGAAGACGAUCUAGCGCGAAUGAGGCAGAGUAAUCGAUCGGCGUUUUCAGCAACGCCCGGCGUAUUCCCGACAGGAAUAGAGGUACUGGCUACCCGGUUUCAAUUUCCAUAAGAAUCGCUUCGGUCCAUCCGGAGAGCGGUUGAGACAAGCUAAUGCAAUACGGUCCGGGUGUACAACACGCGCGCCUCGCAUUGCAUCCCGCGCCGCUGAGACAGUGUGCCGAUGCUGUUGCCACCGAUUGCCGGUAGUAAUUAUCUUAUCGCGCCGCGCGAUCGUUCCCCUUUGCGCGUACCUAUUCCGCCGCCUCCGCGGUAUCUUUAUUAGCAAUAACUUAACACGCACGUUAAUAAUAUUCCAGACGCCAUUCAUACGUGGCUGCCGGUGUGUCCGGCAUGGGUGGUUUAACCGCGAAGCCGCGACCGUUCGACGGCGCUGAUGAUCGAUCGUUUCCUCAGAUUCUGCGGGAAGCCGGCAUCUCGUUCGGUCACACACGCUGUCCACGACUCAUUAUCUCCCGAGCGUAUAAUUCCGGAGUUGUCGCUCACGAGCGAGACGUGAAAUUACACUCCGUUGUCUCGUUUAUCGAAAGGACGCUCGUCAAACCUGCCGAAUUACAGAGUGGAGCGGAAGGCGAGAUUCCCUCCCCCCCCCCCCCUUCACCGGUUCGUGAUCGGUGCGCUCAAGGGCGGACGGCGUAAAUCGCGAUGGUCGCGACGACGACGACGACGACGACGAGGCGGUCGUUUCCCUGCGAAAUUCCGCGGCGCGAGAUACCCGUUUGCGAUUGAACCCGAUGGGACAUCCAGAAACCGUUAUCCCGCCAUGGUGACGCGAUGGUACAGGCACCUGGUACCAAGGCGCUGCUCUCCCUCCCUGCGACUGUCUUUCCCCUCCUCAUCUCUCCCGCCACCUUCUUUCUUUCGCUCUCCCUCUUCCCAUCUUUUUCCCGCUCGCGCUGGCAGCUCUCCAGAUGGAUUCGGACCGCUCGCCCGCGAGAGUCUUUUCCGCGGAGACAUCGACGCCCGGUCGGGUCGCGUUGUUCACACGUGAACAUUCAAUUUUGCUCUCUUUAAUCGUGUCCCCUCGCCCUCCUCACCGACGUUUACCGCGACCCCGCUCGCUGGUUCCGUCUACCUCGCUCCGGUAUGCGCUCUCCCUUCCCUCUCCCUCUCCCGCUCGCGCGACAUAAUUGCUAUUUACUAGGCACGCAUCAUCGGCUCAUUCCACGAGUCUUCCACGGGCGCAACAAGUACCGACUAAUGACAGAGAGUGCCCGCGCGCGCGCGUCCGUCUCGGUUCCUCCGCACCGAGGGAAUUAACCACCACCGCCGCGCCGGUCGGCGGUGCACCACGCGUGCCGGUCCCGGCGUGAAACCACCGCGCGCUCUCGCUCGAGUCUUCCCCGGCCUCACGAGAUCCAGCUACUCGCACAUUCAUCCACAACCCACCAAUUAAACGCAACCAUGUCGCGUCCUUACGUCGGUACGUGCGCGCGCGCGCGCGCGCACGUCGUGCACACGUGCAACGGUGAUUUUGCGGCCGGAUGCAUCCGCGAUUGUCCGAAUCGGUCGACACCGCACGCUCGCGAGUACGUACAAAAUGAUACCGCUCUCUCACGCCACCGACGUGGCGGAAGCAAUUGCGAAAUGAAUUAACUUUGCGGCCGAUUCGGCAGCGAUCCCCCCGAGGCGAUCGAUCCGUUAUGUUACGUUGCGAAAGAGAGCCGGGAGAGAAAUAUCGUCCGUAGCGGAAUAUCUGGGAAUAUCCCGUGCCGACGUCUCUCCCGCAUUAUGCGGAAUCUUUAUUCGCGGCUAAAAAAUAACGGGCGACAACGUGCCGACGGAUCCUUUCUCUCGUGCCUUGUCUGUCAACACACGAAAAAAACCUAUCGAGCGAGCGACGGUGGAGGCUGCGUAUUCUAAAAAGAGGAUAAGAGGACGUCAAGGGGCUAGUAAAUCCUCGUCAGCGUAUAACUUAACGCAAAGUAUCACGGCUCACCUAGGCUUUGGCUUAGCCCAACGCGAACAUAAUGUGUCAUCAUCGCGCGAAAUAGGCCCUAUUGAACGGGCAAACGCGGAAGAUUUUUAAGUAGGUGGGCGGGUAGGUGUAGGUUCACGAUCCGUUAAAUCCGCAUUGACAAUCGCCGGGCGAACUCGGGCUAUUCUUGGCGGCCUAAAGUGGCGUGACUUCACUUGGAGAAUGUAAGGAAGAGGAAAAAAACCCUGAGGAAAGCAACAAAAAAAAAAAGAGUAUAAAACAGAAAGGGGGGAAGCACGCGGGAAAUCUGGGCGGGGAUACGCGAGGUGGCCGAUCAAGAGAAAGAGAAAGAGGUAGGAGAGACCGGCGGUGAUGUUUUCAAUGGUGUUGUAGCCGGCGAUCGAAUUGUGCGUACCGUUCUGUCCUCCUUAGACGGCAGCGGCCUCGGUCCCCUCCGGCAGACGUCUUCGGUCGCUCGUGGAAGAGCCACACUGCCAGGUGUACACAGUGCCUAAGAGCCAGUCGGCCGACAUAGUUAUAUCCUCUGAGCGGCCGCGGCGGUCGCGAAGUUCUCGCAUUGCCAUUGCGAAUCGGCGUGUUCUGUGAUUUCGUGGUGGUUUUAUUACACGCGAUGCGCGACGAACAAGAGUAAUCGCGGGUUUCUUUUUUCCACCCCUUUCUCGCGGAUUUCUCUCGUUCUGCCUCCCCUGUGUCUUCCCCCAUUCGCGGACCUUCCCGCGGCGACUUUCGUGACAGGCUUGGCCCACCAGGUUUGUGUGUACCGUUUCAGCAUUGUGUACUGCUAACGGCCGUUCCCGAGAGAACGCUCGCUCGCGCGCGCGCGCGCUUACCGAUGAUCCCGUGAGAAAGGUGCCCGGCAGUGGAAUUCGCCUUCGCGUGGCGCAGGGAGUGCGGGAAUAGAGUGCCGCCGAAUUGUAGAUCGCGGGCAAUUCGCGUCCUACAAAAUUCGACAUCGAUACGCCGCUACCGCUGCCGCUGCCGCUGCUGUUGUUCGCCCGAUCGUUCGACGACCAGGUACGAGGUUUUCCUGGAAUUCAUCUGUGUACCAAAGAUAUACCAACAGUGCGCCCGUGUGAUGAUUCCGGUGUGCAGUGUGCGCGAGCCGCACAUUUCGAAUGCGGCGGUAUAUAUUUCGCCGUUAUUUUCGACGGAACGGAACUGCCGGAGUUUGUGCGGAUUGCCAUUGGAUCGCGAUUCCAUGGGAUCAUAGUGGUCCGCGAAAGUAUCCGGCGAUUUAAAUUCCCGCAUAUGCACACCGCGCUGUGUUUGUUAUUUAUUGCAAUGUAUGCAGCGGUGUAACGGAAAUAUGAACGAUUCGCAAUUUUUAUUGCUCUAUUCCGCGUUUUUUUUAAAUAUUCUAAUUGUUAUUUCAAUUUGUUCGUCCGAACGUUGUAUAAAAUCUCUGUCAUAAUGUUACAUGUUAACAAAUGCAAAUGCCGCGAUUUAAUAGACAUAUUGCGCGUCCAUGCGUGUCUUGUAACUUGAAAGCACUUUAAAUUCAGUAAUCGGGCCUCGCAUAUGUGCGCUCUAGAUUUAUAAAACGACGUUGGUCCGUAUCGCAAUUAAAAUCGCAAGGUUAUUAAGAUAUGCCGUAUUAAUUUCCACAUACGUAAAAUCUUGGUAUAACAGUCCUGUCUCUUUACAACUGCUGUUAGUUGUGUGUGUGUGUGUGUGUGUGAAUGUGUGCGUGUAGACCAUUUCAACGUCAUCGGCCGAAUAUCGCUUUAAAGCAUCGGCGAUCUUUCGUGAAAUUGACGUCGUUAAAACAUUCUUGCUUCACCUUGCAUUAUUAAUAUGUGGGCAAAUCUUAUUUUCCAAUUUGUACGCUAUUCCCGUUCCCGUUCGCUUACAAGAACAUCGCGACACUUGACCAACGGCGAUACAUUCCAUCCCGUUAAUCCCUGCUUCCGUUAAUUCCCCUUUAUUCAGACCGUCAGAGCGCUGAAGCAUUCGCUUAAGCAGCGGAGAAAAUAGUUUCAUAACGAAGAAAAACGGUUCAGGAAAACGCUUAAGACGUUUAACUCUACGCGAUCGUUUUGUGCACUUUGAAAGUAGUAUCGUUACUAUUGUCAUUAAAUAUAAGAUUCUACGAGAGCCUGCAGAAAAUCUCCACUAUAUUCACAUGCCUCAAUUUUUCUUCCAUUUUCAAGCUUUCUUCUAAAACUUUCACAGUAAUUCAUAAAGCGGAAAAUAAAUAUUAAAAGAAAUUUUCAUAAUAAAAGUUGCACGACAUUUCACAUUUCGUAGAAUAAUUCUGGAAAACUGAGAAAGUGUAAAGACCUGUUGGAUUUCUGCUUGCAUUUCUAAAAUUAAAAAUGAAGGCAGCAAGUUUCCGCGAAAAAUAAAUCUUUUCCCCAUCUUUCUGUUUCCUCAACGACUCCGAUGAUGUGACAUUUUCUCUUAAAAAAUAUUUUAUAUCUCGGGAUCGAGACCUUCCAGAGUAGAGUUCGCUGUCCUUUCCCCGACAGGGGAUACGGUUAAAGAAGUUUAUACGAACACGACGAAAAAAAAACCUGUGCUCCCGGAACGCUAAAUCAUGCUAAAAGCGCCCAUCCUCUCUCUGUUGCAGAUUACACGGCGACCGCGACGUUACUGCAGCCUGAGCGUUCAGUCGAGGUACGACAAUGACGAGACCGUACGAUCGUCGACAUCUCGUCACGUUACUGUUGCUGCUGCAAACCAUCUCGAGGUACGGCCACGCGGCUACCGCGGAAUCGGCACACGCGGCCGAGCCACUGUCACCGUCGUCCGUACCGUCCGCGUCCGUGCCGUCCGGUCUCUCCGGCCCGGAUUACACCGGACCGUCCGCGGGUUCGGACGAGUGCGAUCCCGAGAUGGUCGGCUUUGAGCUCGUAACCGGCUACGUGUUCACCGCGCCCACGAACAUGCUCGAGUCCAUACCGGGCACGUUGAUGCUCACCGACUGCCUCGAGACCUGUCAGGCAAACGACUCCUGCCAGGCGGUCAACUACGAGACGGGGCUUUGCGUCCUAUUCAGCUCUAACGCCGACAGCAAUCCAGGCGCGCUGUCGCAAUCCCAGUUCCCCGUGUUCACGAUCUACGCCCAGAAGAGCUGUCUGGCGGUGAAGCCCUGCGAACGCGCUUGGUGCAUCGACAGAGUGCAGGGACACCGCCUUCAGGGUCACGCACGUAGGACCAUGACCGCCUCCUCGAGGCAGCACUGCCUCGAGCUCUGCCUCGGCGAACGAGACUUCCUGUGCCGAUCUGCUAAUUACAUCAAUGCUACGAAGCAGUGUGAACUUUCGGAUAUGGAUAGGCUGACGGUUGCGGGCUCGAGCGCUUUCCAGGCAGCGAAGGGAGUGGAUUACUUGGAAAACCACUGCGUGGAGGAGCCAGUGAAACUUUGCGAAUUUAAGAAGCUGACCGGCCGUAUACUGAAGACCGUGGAUUCCGUUUACCAAGACGUCGGCACGGCCGACGAAUGCCGUGAAUUGUGUCUGAACUCGCCGUUCCGUUGCCACUCCUACGAUUACGGUGACACCGGUGACAUGGUCUGCCGUCUCAGCCAUCAUUCCCGUGCCACUCUCUCCGACAUUCAGGAACCAUACCUCGAUGUACCGGAAGCGUCCACGUACGAGCUGAGCUCCUGCUACAAUGUGACCAUCGACUGCCGCGCCGGCGAUAUGGUGACCAGAAUUCAGACGAGCAAGCUCUUCUACGGCAAGGUGUACGCGAAGGGCUCGCCCAAUUCGUGCGUGCAGGACGUUAAGGGCGCGCUCGAGUUUGAGCUUCGCAUGGCAUACGACGAUCUCGAGUGUAACAUAAGGCAGCAGGGUCUCGGCCGGUACCUUAACGACGUCAUCAUCCAGCAUCACGACACCAUUGUCACCAGCUCCGAUCUCGGGCUGGCUGUGACUUGCCAGUACGACCUCACUAACAAGACCGUGUCCAACGAGGUCGAUCUCGGUGUACACGGCGACAUCACGCCCGCUCUGUCGGAGGAGGUGAUCGUCGACUCGCCGAACGUCGCCAUGAAGAUUACCGAUCGCAGCGGGAACGAGGCCGUCCCGUCGGCCGAAGUCGGUGAUCCCCUGGCGCUCAAAUUCGAGAUCCUCGACCCCAACAGCCCGUACGAGAUCUUCGUCCGCGAGCUGGUCGCCAUGGACGGUGUCGACUCUAGUGAGAUUAUUUUGAUCGACUCGGACGGCUGUCCCACCGACCACGUCAUCAUGGGACCGCUUUACAAAUCGGUCAACACUGGCAAGAUACUGCUGUCGCAUUUCGAUGCCUUCAAGUUCCCAAGCUCGGAAGUGGUGCAGUUCCGCGCUCUGGUCACCCCGUGCAUGCCGACCUGCGAACCCGUGCAGUGCGAUCAGGAGGAGACGACCGGCGAGCUGCGCUCGGUGAUCUCCUUCGGUAGACGCCGUCGCCGUCGUCGCUCCACCGCCGUCGGCUCCCAGAGCCACGAGGAUCUCCUCCUGGUGCAAUCCAUCCAAAUUACCGACAAAUUUGGCUUCGAGCGCGAUGGUAAGUUACCGAACGCCACUUCCGCGACGAGGGACACCGUUUUCGUCGAGAGCGAGGACAUAUCGUCGACGAUGGGAAUGUGCAUCAAUCUGGGCGAGGCGAUUGUGGCCGGCACCGUCUUCCUCGUCGCCCAGAUCGCCAUCAUAGCAGCAUGGACCUUCACCUGGCAGCGACGCCGGCAGAUGCUCAAGCAUCAGGAGGCACUCUCGGUCUCCGUGUCCGUGCCUGGGAUGCAUUCCCUCCCCGGGCGCACCGACAGUCUCUGUAAGUUGUACGACGGCGGAUACUCCGCGCGUCGCUUCUGAACGGCUUCUCCCACCAGCUCCCACGGCAUAUUGUCAAUUUUGUCUUCCUGCGUAAAUCGCUAUUAACGAAUCUUUGGCUGACUUCACAUGGACGUGAGCUCUCAAACCGGUGCGCGCCGCGAGGAGGGGAUCGUGCGCGCGUCACGAUCCCCCGAAGCGAUCAGCAAAAGUAACACUCUCUCACACGCGGCUCUCUCUUUGAAUCUUUCUACGGAAUUCGGACGGACGUUACUUCGUAUCUACAUAUCAAACUUCUUUACGAGUGUACCGCAUUGCGAGGUUGCAGCCAAUAUACGUAGCUUUUAGUGAAGUAUGCCCUUUACCACCCACGCUUACCUUGUAGUCGGGUGGAAGCUUUGCAGAAGCGUUCUACUAUUCCAAUUAGAUUCGGUUAGAUGGGCAAAUCGCGGAGUUUGUUGAACGCGCAAAGGGAUAGAGGGACGUUCGUUUUUUUUUUUUUGCUACGCUCAGAAACCGAGGCGAAUGAUCGCUGCCCAUCUUUUCUACGAACGUCCUUGUAUCCGCAUUACCGUAUUAGAUACUAUCGCGUGUACCUUCUUCUUUCGAUCCAAACUUCAUUUCCUCGCAGCUGGCAACGUAAGGAAACCGAUCGAUUUCGCCGUAUCAUUUAAUCGAAGUUGCUUCCGCGCUCGUCCUGCCGGUUAAAGUGGCGCAAUUACAAGUGGCUCGCGUAUACACACGUGCUAAUAAUACCGGUGAAUUAUUGAACGGAAUAAUUAGGCACAAUUGCGCUUGAUUACUUGCUACAUCUGUCAUUUGUUGAAGGCACAAAUAUCAGUGUCUCCCAAUCGACAUUUUUGACCAAGGUCGGCGCAACGAAUCGUACGUAUCAUCAUCAGUUUCAUCUUACUGUCUCUCGGGUGGCCGGUUAUUUCGUGGAAGAAGGGGGCAGAGUUGCAAUUACGGUCCGUACCGGUAACCUUUAAUUAGCGUAACGUUCAAUGUCCAAGUGACCUUCGUGCGUGCACGUACCAUCGUUCAACAUCGAAAAUCGACGCUGUCUAAGGAGACGUUUCUCAGAAAUUGGCUGAAAGGGCACGAUAAAUAUAAAAUAAAAAGAAAAGGCAAGUUCUCUCGUAAUAUCGCACCGACACUUAAUCCGUGUCCGAUCGGAGACGCAUACCGAGAAUCACACGCUUCACGCUGAGGCCAAAUCGAUUUCUUACUUACUGUUCCGGGAUAAAAGUGGCCGUCUCGCCACACCACUUCCGCCGGUAAAUAGUUGAUAAUGUAACGGUCACAAAAAUUCAGCCGCGAAGAGAAUAAUCGAUUUCGCGCGCGCGAGUUCGGUCGGUUUCUUGCGUCUAUGUGCAUUGCCACGCCGCAGCCACCGCCGUGCCCUUUCCCCUUCGCUUUGCCCUGCCCUCACAAGCUGCUUUUAUCGUUCCCUUUCUUCUCGAGGCGACGUGACGCGAUAUGGGACACGUCUCGGCACAGUCUGUGGCUCCAUAGGUGAUGAAGGUCGACACGUAUUCGCUGCAUCGGUUAGGCUACCGGCAUGGACUCUAAUUAGUAUUGGGAAUUGUGCAUGAUUAUGCAGACGCGUAGAGUAGGCUAUCAAUGGUAAGGUGCGGCGAGGAGCCGGAGCGGCGGGUCUAAAUACAGGGAUGAAAGAGGGAGAAGGGAAUGAGAAACAGAGGUAGAAUCAGAUCGCGGUGAGCUCGGUGAAGAGGAGUAAAAGGUACGUCCGCAAGGGGUUGGCGGAAGGUUAAUUGCCUUUUGUGGCGUCUCGGGGGUUAAGCUAAGCUUGCGGGGGUAACGCUUGAUGGGGUUGAAUCUAGCUUCGAGAGUAAAGGGGGAGAGUGAGAGAGAGGGGUAGUGUAGGAUCACAUCGAGGAUAGCUAUCUCUCCAUACCAGAAUCACGUAACCUCGACCCCCUUCCGACGUAACCUUAGUCAUGUCCCUUAUCCUUAGCUAUCCCAUAGCGGCCAGGUUAAUUUACGUCGCGACACGUGAGCUUAUCAAUCAGGAUUGGCGGAUUCGGAAGUUGGAAGAGAGAUAAUCAAAAAUCGAUUACGAUUAAAAGAACUUCCUGCGUACUGGUUACGUAAGCAAUAAAAUAUUGCGCUUCAUCAGUCCGCAAUUUCAUCGCCGGACAUCUUGAGAAAAUUCUAAAGGACAAAGCCGCGUUCGAUAAUAUCAAACACAGAAAAAUCCAGUUUAUAACAAUCCUUGUGCACCACUUUCUGUAUAAACCGCAAUAUAAAGGGUAUUUGUUAAAUUCACAUUGUUCGACAAGCAAAAAGACAGAGAAAUAAGUUUCUUUACAAAUAGAGAUAUAUAUUUUUAAAUUUAUAUACACAAUAAUAUUAUCGACGGAAUAUAUAUGAUAAAAAUAAUUAAUAGAUAUUUUAAUUUAUAGUAUUUUAUGAUUGAAUAUUAUUUGCCAUGAUAAUAGAAAUUUCACCAGAUAUCCGAUUCAGAUUUUAUCUAGCGUUAAAGAAUUCGAUUUAAAAAAAAAAAAGAAAUAGAAACCGAAGGAUAAUAUGCUGUAACAUAGAGAAAUACAAAAUAGUUGGCCGUGGCAGCGGUGUCUUAUCGAUUUCACCAAGAUACACAAGGCGGAUCUACGGGGAGAUCCGAUUAAUUGCGAAACUUGAGGAUUAAAAUACACUUAUUAAGACAAACAAAGGAACGAGCGAGACAAAAUGGAAUCUCCAAUCGUUCUGAACUGUUUGCAUUAUAGUUAACCAAACUCUCGGAUUGUUCUGGUGUUUGACAUUUGCCUAUCGCGCGGUAGGAAUACUAUUCGCGAUACUACGCGAGCUCUGCUCUUAUUCGUACGCUUCAAAAAAAAAAAUGUAUUACACUUGAGCAACGACAACGUGCCUCCUAAUCAUACACACACACACACACAUGCGUACAAAAAAUUCUUUAUCUUUCUCUAAAAGAACAUCGACGCUUUGAUCUCUUUUGAUUUCGAGGUAAUUGUGUGCGGAAUUAAAUUUGAGACUGUAAAGGUUUUGCGGUACGAGCAAAACAGAAUAUUCAUUCGCGAAUGUUUCACGUCUACCUGGCCACGUUUGCUGCACGUGUAACUCACUGUUAACGGCUAGUGGUCGCUAACGCAACAACAAUAUUGGCCGGGAUCGAACGAGAAAGGAUACACAGCGGCGGAACGCGCGUAUGUUACAUCCAUCGGAAUUCCAAUGUACGCUUUAAUUAUUGGAUCUAAUUGCCGUGGAUAUUGCUAGGCACUGCCCCGUAUGAGAUCCACUCGGUGCGCCGACACCAAGCCAAAUGGAAUUUCACCCCCUUAAAUCAAGCGGCAUUGAUCCCGGCAGGGUAAAAAUUGAAAUGCAGAAAACGCAAACGGAACUCGCGUUUUCCCCGUGUAUAUUUCCGAAGCGCAAUUCGAUUACCUCGCAUUACGAGGGUAACCAGUACGCCGACGCCCCUGGUGAUCGCGACCUGGCCGCGAUAAACUCCCUUUCUCCGCUUCACCGCUUCUUACGCGUGAUCCACUUAUAGAAGUAUAAAAUACAAAUAAAUAUAAAUAUAUAAAUAUGGAUAUAUAUAAAUAUAUAUAAAUAUACGUAUAUACGUACGAUGAUAAACAUGCCAACGAAGGUGCCUACGCGUACAGUAAGUAAACGCGAUGCAUGAUAAUUUUUUUUCCUCUCUCGUUUUUUUUUACUUUCUUCAAAGAUAACACUUCAAUUAUGGAUUUACGUUUAAGAAUUUUUUUUUUUUUCGCUAACGCUGCGGUAGUAUAUCCAACCUGCUUGUGGUGAGAGGGUAGAGCCAAUUUUAAUACAUGUUCGACGAUACUUUGUACGAACGCAAUUGAAACGGUGUUGCGCGCGCGCGAGCGCAAGAAUGCGCCCAGGGGAUCCAUCCGCCGUGCGUAUGUGGUCGCUGCGCGCAACGCUUUAGCGGUGUAAUUUCGAUACGACAUGUAUCACAUGGGCGUAUGGAGUGGCGCAAGAAAAAUCUGACAUGUCUUCACCUCGCCGCGAAAAGCGGUCUUCGACGGAAGAGAAAGAGAGAGAGAGAGAGAUAAAGAAAGAGAAAGCGAGAAAGAUAGGCGGGAGAUCAAGCUGUCUCCCGCGAUAUAAAAUGCGGGAGCUCGCUGGAACGGAUCCUAAGUCACUACUUUCAUGGGGAAGAUGUGCAAGAUUUUCUCGCGCCACCUCGUAGACAGCGUGCAUUUCGAAUAACACGAUAACGAUGUGCGAGCACUUUUCAUCGACUUCGAUCGAACCGUAUGCGCCGGCAUGAUGCCCGGCCCGUGCCCGGUCGCCGGCCAAGUUUGAUCUCAAGUCAAUGGAAACUGCCGAGUACGCGGAGUAUAAGGAUAAUCAUUAAUUAAUUAAUUGUCUUUACAUUUAAAGAGCGUAUACGAUGAAAAGUAAAAGGAGCAAUCAUGUUUCAUCAAUAUAAUAACGUAAUUAAGAUUAAGUUAACGCGCCCCGCGGUCUCGGCGCUAUGGACCGGGGCCGCGGAAGGCAAUUGCGAAGGAAAGAUAAUAUUGGGCUCGAGGACGAUCGCUCUCGAUGAUAUCAACCGCGCAAUCCUGCAAUCCCGGCCGGCCGGCCGACUUGGGUAGCCGCGAGCAAUUCAACGCGGCCGGCGUCGUCGUUUCUGCGUGCAAGUACCAGUCGCCCCUUCUUCUUCUUCUUCAUCUCUUUCUCCGCCCGCUCCUCGUAACCUUCUCCCUUCUCCCUCCCGUCACCCUCCAUAUCGUCCAUCUUAAUGAGGGUUGUGUUUAUAUCCUGUACUUCUUACCAGGAGUAUCCGCGAGUUUGUAGAGAUGUCGGUGCUUGUCCUCGAGCCUGAGGUGCGCGCUUGCUCCGUCGUAAGCUCGAGAAGCUCGAGUCUGUUCUGUACCAUGACAAGCGUGUAUUUCUGCUUUCCUCCAUCCUAUGUACGUGCUCUUUUCUAUCCGCCCCCUCGCACCCAUUCUUCCUCCUUUUCUUCGCUUUCCUGCUUCCCUGCCGUUCAUCUCCUCCUCCUCCUCCUCAAUCCCUUUGCUCUUCCACCCCCGCCCUUCUCGCUGCCGCGCGGCGCCGCGCGUCGGCCUCUCGCCAAAUUAAACCAUUUUCAUCGCGAAUACAUGCGUCACGUACAGAACUUACCCGACGAUCGCGAGCGUUCUUAUGUUAUAACCGCGCACCAGCAUAUAAUCGCUUAUUUAUUUUUUACGUUAACGUACAUUGCCCUUCAAGAAUACUCGUACCCUAUCACGCCUAUUUUUUUCCCCCUUCCCGUCCACGACAUACCAGCAUACCAACUACCGUUUUAAUAAUACGCCCGUCAUACCAUCCACGCACUGAAACUGCUAUGUAAUUUAACGAAUCACUCUGCUGACGUUAAACGUAAUGCGUGCGUGUUUCUAAUUAAUUCCCCCCCUUUUUUUUCUACAUUAUCAAGACGUAUCUUUCUCGCCAAACGUCGUAUAUGUCAGUACCGUAACACACACGUUGUACAUAGCAUAUAUGGUACAGAGAAAAUAAACUCAUUUUAUAACGAAAAA